GUCGAUGUGGGCGGGGCUUGUUUAGGUGUAACUUCUCUUCCGCGUUUACCUAAACUCUAAAGAAAAAGGCGGUAAUAAAAGACACAAACGCGACGUAAACAUCUGUAUUUCUGUCCGCGCACGAUGCCGAGGGGUGGCUAGAGGGAGAAAACAAAACAAACACAAAAAACUGAAAGCACAAAACUUCUGACGAAGAAGACAUUUAAAGUUGUGUUUCCAGAAGUUUGUUCCGAUGGGGUGUUGUGGCAGCUCGGAGGGUAAACGUGAGUGGAAACCUCUGGAGGACCGCAGGUGCACGGAUAUAUUAUGGCUCAUUAUAUUCAGCCUGUUCUGCAUCGGGAUGUGGUGUAUAUGUGGUUUUGCCAUCGCCACAGGAGGUGCUUCCCGGCUCAUCUAUGGGUAUGACAGCUACGGCAACACAUGUGGACGGAACAACACCAAGAUCGAAGGAGUACCUCUCAGUGGUGCAGACAUGACAGAAAAAAAGUAUGUUUUCUUUCUAGACCCCUGCAACCUUGACUUAAUCAACAGGAAGAUCAAAUCCAUCGCCUUGUGUGUCUCUCAGUGUCCAGCUGCUGAGCUGAAGACGUAUUACGAUGUGAAAGAUUUUGCUCUUAACAAUGGCUCUAACCUCUGCUCCUAUGAAAUUACUCCCACAAGAUAUCCAACCAGUCCUGAUCGACUCACUAAAUGUCCAAAACUCCCUGUUCUACCAAGUAAGGCCAUCCCAGUGUUCCACCGCUGUAUUCCUGCAGACCUUGGCUGCUAUGUCGAAUUUGCUCAAGCCUUCAUCACAUUUGUUAGUGACAACACUGCGCUGAGGCGAGUCGUUGCUGGAGUGGUGACCAGCAAGGAAAUCAUCAUGGGUCUCUGUCUCCUGGCUUUAGUUUUGUCCUUGAUCAUGAUGGUUGUUAUUCGCUACAUCUCCACAAUACUGGUAUGGAUUCUCACCAUCCUUGUAAUCAUCGGCUCCAUAGGUGGGACGGGUGUCCUCUGGUGGCUCUACGCCGACCACAGGAACGCUCUCAACAGUAACACCACAUCCGUGUUUGGGAAAGAGGUGGCUUCUGACAAUGUCAAGGCGUUGCUGGUGUAUUCGAUUGGUGCAACCAUUUUCACGGUGAUCCUCCUGCUGGUGAUGUUUUUCAUGAGAAAGCGUGUGGCUCUUACCAUCUCCCUGUUCCACGUGGCGGGUAAAGUGUUUAUCCACCUGCCCUUCCUGGUCCUGCAGCCUUUCUGGACUUUCCUGUGCCUCAUGCUCUUCUGGGUUUACUGGAUAGCUGUGCUGCUCUUCCUGGGGACCUCAGGGACACCGGUUUCAAACUCCACCAACAUGGUUCAUUAUGAAAUGCAGGGCCCUCUUCAGUACAUGGUCUGGUAUCACGCCGUCGGCCUCAUCUGGAUCAGUGAGUUCAUUCUCGCCUUCCAGCAGAUGACCAUUGCUGGAGCCGUGGUCACUUAUUACUUCACAAGAAACAAGUCCCAGCUGCCCGUAACUCCAAUCAUCUCUGCUAUGAUCCGUACCGUCCGCUACCACCUGGGCACCAUCGCAAAGGGGUCCUUCAUCAUCACGCUUGUUAAGAUCCCUCGUCUCAUCCUAACAUACAUCCACACCCAGCUGAAGGGAAAAGAAAACGCCUGCGCUCGCUGCAUGCUGAAAGCCUGCGUCUGCUGCUUGUGGUGUCUUGAGAAGUGUCUAGCCUACUUGAACCAGAACGCUUAUACCGCGACGGCCAUCAACGGCACCAAUUUCUGCUCCUCAGCAGCCGAUGCGUUUGUGAUCCUGGUGGAGAACGCGCUCCGAGUAGCAGCCAUCAACACAGUGGGCGACUUUGUCCUCUUCCUGGGAAAGAUUCUUAUCGUGUCCUGCACCGCUUUCGCCGGCAUCCUGGCUCUGAAUUACCAGAGGGAGUACACCGUGUGGGUGCUGCCUCUCAUCAUCGUCUGUUUGUUUGCCUUCCUCGUGGCUCACUGCUUCCUGUCAGUGUUCGAGAACGUGGUCGAUGUCCUCUUUCUCUGCUUCGCGGUGGACACGAAGUAUAACGAUGGCAGCCCUGGACACGAGUACUACAUGGACAAGGCCUUGAUGGAGUUUGUUGAGAACAGUAAAAAAAUGGGUCAAUACAAGCCAGCUGACGGAGAUGGAAAAGAAAUGAAGCCCAUGACACGUGGGACUUUGGCUUGAUCAGGAAUCCAACAGACUGACAGAAAUAAUUAGGACAAUAUUCAGAGGAUUUAAUAACUGAAAGUACUUUCAACACAAAGUUGUUUUCAGGUUUGUUUUAAGUUUUAAAUAUAAAAAGUUGUAACUAAUGGAGAAUGUGAGAAUCUGUCUCGCAUUGGUUUGUUUAAACUAAUUCUAGAGUGUGUUUUUUUUUUCCUUUUAUGUACUUUAUAAAUCAUGUAUGCCUUUUUAACAUGAUUAUGUUGUUAUAUAUUUGAAGUUUGGUUUCUGAGGGUUUGGUGAAUAUUUUAAAAUCUCGUGUUUUAAUGGUUUUUGCUCAUGUUUGUUUUUCACAAAAACGUGUUUGACUUUAGAAUGAAUAAAGUUUUAAUAGAUAUUUGAAAAAAAAAA